AUGGAUAUUUUUUGCUGGAACGUUAGAGGGUUCAACGAUAAAACUAAACGUCGCGGUUUUAGGAAGUGGUUACGAUUAAAUAAGCCAAUCUUCGGUGGCCUGUUGGAGACUCAUGUUGGUCCGCCUAAGGCUGCAUCUCUCAUCAACAGGGUUUUCCCCGGGUGGCAUUUCGAAUGUAAUUAUGAAUUCUCGGAUUUAGGUAAAAUUUGGCUUCUGUGGCAUCCUUCUGUUUCUGUUUCGGUGCUCCAGAAGUCUCUUCAAUGCAUCACGUGUUCGGUUAAGCUUCCUUUUGUCUCCACCGAGCUUGCUGUUACUUUUGUUUACGACUCUAAUGAUAGGAAAAUUCGUCGUGACCUGUGGUCAGACUUGUGUUUCCUCUCCUCUUCUCCUAGCAUCACCCAACGUCCUUGGACUGUCCUAGGAGACUUCAAUCAGAUUCUGGACCCCUCACAUCAUUCAAAAGCUGCGGUCAUCUCUUCUUCUCGGGGUAUGCGUGACUUCCUCACCUGUAUUAUCUCUACUGAUUUGUCUGAUCUCCCUUACUGUGGCAACGAAUUUACUUGGUCCAACAACCAAGGUGAAAGUGUGAUAUCCAAAAAGCUGGACAGAAUUCUUGUUAAUGAUGGUUGGUUGAGGCUAUUUCCAAACUCACUUUGUGUCUUUGGGGAUCCUGGCAUCUCCGACCACAGCCCCUGCUGUGUUUUUCUUGAUACUACCAGACCCAAGGCAAAGGCCUCUUUCAAAUUCUUCUCAAUGCUUAAUGAUAACCCAGAUUUUGCGCCUCUUAUAGCUGAGUGCUGGUCUUCCCUGCCUUUCCAUGGCACGAUGAUGCUUAGAGUUUCAAAGAAACUCAAGGAACUCAAGAGCAUUAUUAGAGCUUUCAGCCGAGAGAAUUACUCGGGAAUUGAAAAAAGAGUAACUGAAGCUUUUGAAGAGCUCUCUCAGUGUCAACAGAUUGUUUUGUCUUCUCCAACGCCAACGACGAGCUUAAAUGAGAGAAUUGCUCAUGACAAAUGGGUCAACCUUGCUCGGGCGUAA